CCCCACCCCACCCAAAAGUUCGCAGCGCAGACGCUGAGCCGCCUUGCGAAAAGAAGUACAACUACCCCCGCACCCCCCGACCUCAUAUUCUACCCACCAUACCAGAAUCGCAAACAUGAGGCCCAUUCUGCUUCAAGGACACGUGAGUUACUACUCUCCCCAAGAUGCCGCCAUCUCGAGUUCCUUUGAUCAUUUUCUAACAAGCAUCAUAGGAACGUGCCCUCACACAAAUCAAGUGCGCCAACUUCCCACCACCGGCGCACAAUAUCUGAGCUGACCCCUUCGCAGAUAUAACAGAGAUGGUGAUCUCAUCUUUUCAACAGCCAAGGAUCAGCACAUUUGCGGAUGGUACGCACACAACGGAGAGCGAUUAGGGACAUACCAUGGUCACCAGGGAGCUUUGUGGACCGUCGAUGUCGACCCAACGAGUACACUCAUCGCUAGUGGCGCUGCAGACAACACCGUUCGACUGUGGAACAUCAAGAGUGGAAGGUGCUUAAACGUAUGGGAUUUUGAUACCGCAGUCAAGAGAGUCGAGUUUAACGAGGAUGGAUCACAACUGUUGGCUGUCACCGAAAAGCGUAUGGGUUUCUUAGGGACGAUCGUAGUUCUGGAUAUCAACCUUGAUCCUGAGGGAGAGCAAACCAGCGAGAAGAGAAUGACCAUUACCUGCGAGGAUGCUAAGGCUACUGUUGCUGGCUGGAGUUAUAUGUCAAAAUACAUUAUUGCUGGUCACGAAGAUGGAACUGUGUCGCAAUACGAUGCAAAGGUAGGGAAAUUCAUGGCGGAUUAGAUACUGCAGCAGUGCUGAUUAAAUCCCCAGAGUGGAGAGCAACUCGACAACACCCAGGUUCAUGAAGUCGACAUGCUCAUUACAGAUCUCCAAUGGUCCCCAGACCGAACAUAUUUCAUUACCGCCUCCAAAGACAAGACCGCAAAGGUAACCCGAAACCCACGUUCAUUAGAAAUGCUGAAACUGACAAAAACCUAAAGCUCAUCACCGCGAAAGACCUAGAAGUUCUCAAAACAUACCCAGCCGACACACCUCUCAACAGCGCCUCUAUUACCCCAAAGAAAGACUUCGUCAUCCUCGGGGGUGGUCAAGCCGCCAUGGACGUCACCACCACCUCCACCCGACAAGGUAAAUUCGAAGCCCGUUUCUACCACAAGAUUUUCGAGGAGGAGAUUGGUAGAGUCAGAGGUCAUUUCGGUCCCUUGAACACCGUCGCCGUUGACCCGCAAGGAAAGGGAUAUGCCAGUGGUGGGGAGGAUGGAUAUGUGCGUGUACAUCAAUUCGACAAGGGAUACUUUGACUUUACAUAUGAGGUUGAGAGACAGGCUAGAGCCGCCCUGCAGCAGUAAUUCAAUUAGGGAAAAAAUGGAUUUCAUGAUGAAUUUGGUUGCUUGAUUUGCAUUUUUAUUGGCGUUCUUUUUCUUUCCUUUGUGGGUCUUCGAUUUGGGUGAGGGCAAAAUCAAAAUACAGUAGCUAUGUAGAUCUUCUUUCCUUCUUUUCGCAAUGCUAGAGAUAAAAUCAACUAUUUCUCUGAA